CUUUGGAUCUUUUGAAAUCGCCAAACCAUGCGACCCUGACACCGGACGUGAAGGUCCAAGUUCGGGCCACCGGACUAUUGUCAAACAGCUCACAGACUACGUGGUCGAAAACUUUUAUCCCGAAGUUUGGAACAACCGACGCUCGGGUGAUCUGGUUUCUUACUACCUGCCUUUCUUCAAAGAGAUUGUAAAACGCACAGCCUCAUUGGUCGCAUGUUGGCAGACUGUUGGAUUUUGCCACGG